AAAAUCAAGUGUAAAUGGUACUAAAUGCACACGUUAAUUCACAUACUCUUAAAAUGUUUUAUUCAGAUAGUGUUAGCGUUCCUACGAAUACGAAUAACAAAAUUUUAAAGGUUACGAAUCUACGAAACCGUUCGCAUCACAUUUUUACGAGAAUGUCCCUUUCAUUUUCGAUUUCCAUUUAAAGGUUUCAAGGCAUCAGCGUUCGUUCGGCCUGUUCCGUGGAUGCGUUUUCUGCAUUGAAUGAAGCAGUGCGUUUCACCUCUGCCCGCCAUUACUUAUGGCUUAAUCGUGUUUUAAUUCCAAGGUCUUUCGACUUCCAAUCCCUGUUCGGAACAAAAGCGAACGACAAAAGGCUCGACACCACGCCGGACGUAACCGAGUCAGCGUGCAGAGAACGUGAUUAGCGUUGGAGUGAAGGACGGCGAAGACGCCGGCCUGUCUUCUACCCACCCUUUGCGUGAUAACGCCAACUUUGGAAGCCAGCAUGGAUGACGACAGCUGGAGGCCACCGACGGACGCCGAGCUCAAGGUGCUCGAGGCGAGGCGGGAGCGCCAGGACAAGAUCAGCAUGAUCAUGGGCGACUACCUGCUUAGGGGUUACAAGAUGCUCGGAGACAUCUGCGACGUUUGCAGCACCAUUCUGCUGGAAGAUCGACAAAGCAACAAAUACUGCAUAGCCUGCUCGGAGGUGGACACUUCGGAGAAUUUGAAGGACAACCCAGUUCUUUCGGAUGCGGCGGCACAGAGGCUGGUCGAAGAGCUGGAAGCGAACUCGGUGCCGCAGUCCCGCGAGCCUCAAGCGACCGAACUAACCCCGCUCUUGCCGGAUCGCGACCGUUACGCUCCGAGAGGGGACCCAUCCAGCGGGGAUACCCAUGCAUCCCCCGUCGUGGGUCUGCCGGUCUUCCAGAGUGACAACAAUGCGUCGCCGGCAGACACCUGCCUGGAUGCUACUACGGCCCAGCGAGUGGUUCGAGACAAGCUGGAGUGGGCGACGCGGGAACUGCGGACGUGCUCCAGUGUCGACCUGUCCAUCCAGAUGUGCAACCUGGUCAAGUCGUGCGCAGAGGCUCUGCUGGCCCUCCGGAACUUGGGGCUGGACGGCGAGUCCGCCAGCAGGGACACGAGCGCCCCGACGAGCUGGCGCAACUCAAGGCCCCUCUGAUGAUUUUUGUUGGAUAAAAAUGUAGGAUUCUGUUUGCUUCCAGAACGCGAUUCGGUGGUUAUGGCGAUGUCAGCGUUGGUGCCGUCACGGACAUUUGCUUGAAUGCUGUCGAGGUCAAUUGCCUCCUUUAUCCAUCGAUGGAAAACAGCCAUCAACCUUUCUUGCAACAUGAAUCACUUUAUUGAGUUCCGGUAAAUACUGUUUGGCAUUGUUGUGUAGGCCCUGUCUCAAACUAAAAUCGAGCGGUGUGCACUA